AUGACCUCCCCCCGUUCCUUCGCUAAACGCUCCUUACGUUCGCCGCAAUCCAAACGAAUGACACAAUCUCAGACCCCCGGGUUAGAUACGCUGGCAGAGGGGUCCCAAUAUGCGUUAGAACAGCUUCAGUUGGCACGGGAAGCCGGUGCCACUACGAAAGCCCCGAUCGACGCUACUUCUCUGGCUGAUUCCAAGCCAUCGCGACACACCCAGCAUCUGCUCUACAGCGAACAACAUAACCCAGGAUCCAGUUUGAAGGAUCUACAGCCGCGCGACUCACUGGCGGAGGCGCGAUCUGUUAUUCGCAAGAAUUCAACUGCAACGCCAGUUCGCCGGAGAAUUAGCCGGGCCUGCGACCAGUGCAACCAACUGCGCACCAAAUGCGACGGGCAGAAUCCAUGCGCACAUUGUGUUGAAUUCGGGCUUAGCUGCGAGUACGCCCGCGAGCGCAAGAAGCGCGGCAAAGCGUCGAAAAAGGAUAUAGCCGCAGCGGGCAGCAAUGAGAGUGACGUUGGUCUUAAUGAUAAUUUGCCACGGACUGUAGCAGCCUCAUCCAGCGGGCAGGUCCUGCAUGAAUCCAACGAACACUACGACCCUGCUUUUGAUGCCGCGCGCACUUUGGCAGAGGGGGCUCAGGCCCGGUCGCACGAGGUAGAUGGAUUAUCUACGAUGCGUCCAAAUCAGACAUCUGCCCAAGCUUCCCAGCAGCAAAUGGGAUCUACGAGCAUGGUGGGGUUGCCCUUCAACAAUUAUGCAUCCGUUCAAGAACCCCAUCGGCCCCCUAUGUCAGUCCCAGACAUACGUUCUAUACAGAUGAUGCAAAGCUCAAACGGAAUUCCUCGAUCGCCUGGAUCAAUGCUGCAGUCGCAAGGCUUUGCACCGGGCUAUCACGAGAGCUCGUAUCCUUUGAUGAAUGCGCAGGAUGCAAAUUCAAAUCCUAUGGGCCAUUUUCGCAUUGGCAAUUCCGCAGAAAAUCCAUCAGCCUCGUUCAUGGGCUUCUCACCAGCUCAGUCACCAAGCUGGCUUCCACUGCCGUCACCAUCUCCAGCCAACUUUCCCUCUUACAGCAUGCCCCCUUUCUCCACUUCUUUGAGAUACCCUGUACUGCAACCAGUUCUCCCGCAUAUCGUGUCUAUAAUCCCCCAAUCCCUCGCCUGUGAUCUCCUUGACGUCUACUUCACUAGCUCUUCUUCCUCCCGCCUUUCACCAUCCUCGCCAUAUGUGGUUGGAUAUGUGUUCCGCAAACAGUCCUUCCUUCACCCUACGAAGCCUCGAUCAUGCAGCCCCGGGCUUCUGGCCAGUAUGCUGUGGGUCGCUGCUCAAACUAGCGAAGCCGCUUUCUUGACAUCGCCUCCCUCGGCUCGUGGCCGGGUCUGCCAAAAGCUAUUGGAGCUGACGAUAGGUUUACUACGGCCGCUUAUUCAUGGGCCUGCUACUGGCGAAGCUUCGCCUAACUAUCCGGCUAACAUGGUCAUUAACGGCGUCGCUCUUGGCGGUUUCGGUGUUUCGAUGGAUCAAUUGGGUGCUCAGAGCAGUGCGACUGGUGCAGUGGAUGACGUUGCGACAUACGUACAUCUGGCAACUGUUGUUUCCGCCAGUGAAUACAAAGCUGCGAGCAUGCGCUGGUGGACAGCGGCCUGGUCUCUUGCAAGGGAGCUCAAGCUGGGCCGCGAGUUGCCCCCUAAUGCGGUGACUCGCCAAGAUGGUGACAUGGAUGGCGAUGGAGAUAUCGACGUCAAUGGAAACAAGAGGCCGGCUCCAUCGCUGAUGGGCCACGGUCCAGGCAACUCCACGGUCAACCUCACUGAAGAAGAGCGCGAGGAGCGCCGACGAAUAUGGUGGUUAUUAUAUGCAACGGACCGCCAUCUGGCACUUUGCUAUAACCGUCCAUUGACUCUCCUGGACAAAGAAUGUGAAGGUCUCCUCCAACCGAUCAACGAUGACAUCUGGCAGGCUGGUGACUUUUCAUCCAUGGGCUACCGCCGCGCCGGCCCGUCAUUCGAAUGCACCGGGCACAGCAUGUUCGGCUACUUCCUCCCUCUUAUGUCUAUUCUCGGUGAGAUUGUCGAUCUUCAACACGCCCGAAAUCACCCGCGCUUCGGUCUUCACUUCCGUAACAGCGGGGAAUGGGAAAGCCAGGCAAUGGAGAUCAGUCGGCAGCUGGACGUCUACGCGCAGAGCUUGAAAGAGUUCGAAGCCAGAUAUACCAGCUCGUUGGCCCUGGGAACUGCUGAGCCCGACACAGCGAUGGAAAGCUCGAGCAUCAACCACAUGAGCCCCUCCGGUCGAUCAAGUAGCACCGUCGGAUCUCACGUGAGCGAGUCUAUCGUUCACACGAAAAUGGUCGUUGCAUACGGAACACAUAUCAUGCAUGUUCUUCAUAUUCUCCUCGCUGGCAAGUGGGAUCCAAUCAAUUUACUCGACGACAACGAUCUCUGGAUCUCAUCCGAGUCCUUCAUCUCCGCCAUGGGCCACGCAGUCAGCGCCGCCGAAGCUGCCUCGGACAUCCUCGAAUACGACCCCGAUCUAAGCUUCAUGCCAUUCUUCUUUGGCAUAUACCUUCUCCAGGGUAGCUUCUUGCUCCUUCUCACCGCCGAUAAACUCCAAGGCGACGCCAGUCCGAGUGUUGUUCGGGCGUGCGAAACCAUAGUGCGCGCCCACGAGGCUUGCGUCGUGACUUUGAACACCGAAUACCAGCGAACCUUCCGAAAGGUGAUGCGCUCGGCUCUGGCUCAGGUGCGCGGCCGUGUACCCGAAGACUUUGGCGAGCAACAGCAACGUCGGCGCGAAGUACUGGCUCUCUAUCGAUGGAGUGGUGAUGGCAGUGGCCUUGCGCUCUAG